UUUUUUUACAAUUUAGUAGAUCUCGAGAUAGGAUUAUAAAUACAAGAUUUAACUUAAAUAUAAAUUUAGGUUCAGAAAUUAUAUUUGUAUCAUUGACUAAUGAUAUUGCCAUACAUGAUUACACAUCUUACUUAUUUUGUAGAUCGUGUUUGGGUGGGUUAGGUAUAAAAGUGCAAUCUGAUCGAUUACCGCGGUUCGUCGUAAGGCGGCGUUUGAUCGUCGAACAAUUACAUAUAUGUAUUAAAAAUAUAUAUAUAUUUAAAAAUAUCUCAAUUUUUAAAUCAUUAAAAAUCCUUCACAAUAUUGUUUGUCUAAGAAGAUCUGUACAAACUAAUCAAAUUACGUAUGAAUGUCAAUAUGGCAUUAUGCUAACCUGACAAAUAUGUUUAACCAAACGUUUAAAUUUACAGCAGUAUAACUUUUGAAUCAGUGGAUUCCUAAAACUUGAUUCACGAAAUCUACCAGAUAUUUAAAAUUUUCUUCACAAUUUUUGUCCCCUUAAAACACAAAUUUAUUCGAACGUCGCUUAUAUUUGUCAUCUUAUAAAAGUAUUUCUUUAAGCAUGAAGUAAAUCUCUUUCAACAUGUCAGUGAUGUUUAUAAACUUAUCCAACAAGAUUGACACAAGUUAUAAACGGAAUUUAGGAUAAACAUAGAGAUGUUUCUUUGGAGUUUGAGGAAUUGGCCAAUUUUUAAUUUCAUAGAUUGGAACUGUAUUUCAAAAGUUCAUAUGGCAUUUGUAUAUGGUAAUUUAGGUAACGAAGCUUUAAUUGUAACAAUGGACAAAGUAGUAUAUGCUCUAGGAUGUAAUACUUAUGGAUGUCUUGGAAUUGGAGAUAGUCAUGGUACUCUUUAUCCAAAGAAAGUUGAGGCACUGUGUGGCAAAGCCAUAAAAACUUUUGCAUUUGGGAGAGGUCCAUACGUCUUGGCUCUCACCGAGGAAGGAAAGAUAUAUUCAUGGGGACGUGAUAAUUACGGUGAACUGGGAAACAAUUCCACCAAUCACAUGAUUCCAACACUUGUGACAGGAAAUUUAAGUAAUGAAUUCAUUGUUGAUAUAGCUUGUGGAAGUCAUCACUGUCUAGCGUUAACGAAAGAAGGAAAGGUGUAUGCAUGGGGUGAUAACUCAUGGGGACAAAUAGGUUAUACCGUUAGUAUAAACCAAAAUGCGCCUAUGAAAGUGAACUCCAGGUUAGCUGACAAAACAGUAAUUUGCAUUAGUUGUUGCCACUCAUCGAGCAUGACAGUUACAGAUAGCGGAGAGGUUUAUGGCUGGGGUUGCAACCAGGUUGGCCAAUUGGGAAUUGGAAACUAUGUUAAUCAAGUGAAUCCUUGUAAAGUUACAACUCUUGUUGGUAUUGUAAUUGAAAAAAUCGUUUGUGGUUCUGCACAUGUUUUGGCGUUGAGUAACAAAGGAGUGUUGUAUGCCUGGGGUGAAAACAGUUAUGGACAAUUGGGCCUUAAUGAAAAUCGCAAGACGAAUAUUUGCAGCCCGCGACAGCUGGCAGUGAAAAAGAUGAAAAGAGUAUUGGAUAUGGCAUGUUCGCAUCAUAAUCACACGAGUGCAGCUAUGGUAGAAGGUCACCGAAUAUUUAUAUGGGGCCAAUGUUUGGGACAUAUUGUUAUAGUUCCAACACUGAUUAAUGUAACGUCUCUACAUGAUGUUUUUGCGCGUUAUGCGUCACCGAGUGUUAUGCAUCAGCCACUUGUCCUUUAUGGUGAAGAACCGGACACGAGUUUAAUAGAUUAUUUUAGAAAUGCAUUUGACGAUCAGAGUACGAGUGAUCUCGUGGUGCGAGUACAACAAAAAUGUAUUUACGUGCACAAAGCUCUUUUAGUGAUACGUUGUCAAUACUUUCGAACGAUGUUCCAAAAUUUAAUUGAGAAUAAUCAAAGUGUUAUAGAAGAGCAAACAUUUUCUUACGACGUAUAUAAAGCUUUUUUGAAAUAUUUUUAUACUGACGAGAUCGACUUACCUCCGGGAAAUAUACCAGAAUUUUUGAAAUUGGCGCAUACUUAUUCCGAAAACCAGUUGAAAAAACACUGUGUACAAAUGAUAAAGGGAGAAAUUACAGUUGAAAACGCGGCUCUUUUGUAUGGCACGUCUAUCGAGUGUAACGUCAAGGAAUCAGAAGAGUAUUGUUUCGAAUUCAUGCUGAAUCACAUGACUGCCGUAACACAAACAGCGACCUUUGCUAAAUUACAUGAAAACACGAUAAAAUCUUUUAUGGCUAAAGCUGCACAAGUUAAUGCUUCUGAAGCUGUAGUUUGUGAUAUUUAAUGUAUUGAAUCAGCGUACAACGUGUAUACUAUGUAAAAUUUGACAAAAGUUCUAGAAAAAUUACGUUAUAUUCAACAUAGGUUACUUGUAAUAAGAUUUUAUUCGAUGAAAUCGCUCAUCAAUGUAUUAUGUGUACAUAGAAUAAUAUGAAAUAAAUGUUUGUUAUUUAUGUCAA